CUUUGUCUUCUUCUCUUCUCUUCUCUUCUCUCCUGCACAGCACUUAUAUAAAUACUUGCUUUCCCUUUCUUCUUCUUCUUCUUCUUCUUCACUCAUUUCUUACCAUUGUCCAAUUUUAGAAGAACAAGCAAACUGAACAAUUUGAUUCAGUUUCCAUGGCGCUAAUCAUAAGCUUAGCGAGAGUCAAACUCUGUUCUCUGCUAUAUUUCGCCGCUGCUUCUCUCUUCGCCAUUGUUAGGGCUGAAGAUCCUUACAGGUUCUUUGACUGGAAUGUCACUUAUGGUGACAUUUACCCGCUCGGUGUUCGCCAACAGGGAAUCCUUAUCAAUGGACAAUUUCCAGGACCAGAUAUUCAUUCAGUUACUAAUGACAAUCUCAUUAUCAAUGUUUACAAUAGCUUGGACGAGCCUUUUCUCCUUUCUUGGGAAUUUGUUGUAAUUUAUUUGUUCUUGAAAAGCAAUAAAAAUGAGGAUAAAGAGUGGCAUUUUUGAGAAAAAAGAAAUGAAAAGCUAGCAUUUUUGAAGACCACCAGCCCGGCCCAACACCUGGGCCAGCCAUCAACACUUCUGCAUGCAUCUCCUUCCUAGCCACCAUGGGCCUGCUCUCCUCACCAGCCCAGCAAAGCCCCAGUAAGCAGCUUCUCCAGCUCCAGCCCAAUCAUUCCACCAAUUCGUGAGCGUGCCUCUGGCCGAAGCCCGCACGCCAGCACCUAACCAUGCCAGCCAUCUCCUUCACCCAGCCGCCUGCCACAACCCACCAAGCCCCUUUUGUGUUUAUUUUGAGCCCAACAAAAGCACAUUUGUCCCUUUGUCCCCUUAUGUUCAAAAAUACCAAUUCUUUUACCCAAAUUUUUCUACACAUUUUACCCCAAAAUCAUCAUUACACCUUAUAAUUUACCCAUAUUUGUCAUAUUAUUAUUAAUUUAAUCAAUUUAAUUCAUUUAAAUUGAUUAUUUUAAUAUACUUUUUUUGGCUAUAAAUAAGGGAGUUUAGUGCAUAAUUUUGGGAGGGAUUACACUACACAUUCUACACUUUCAAGACCUCUCCAUUUUCUUCUUCUUCUUCUUUGUUGUUAAUUUUCUAUGUAUUUUUAGAGGAACAAUUUGUGGGUUUUCCUCCAAAUUUUCCUAUGUCAUGUUUGUAAUUUUUUGGUUUGUAUUUUCUAUUCUA